AUGCUCAUUAGUUUUCUCAUCUUCACUCAAUAUCUGCCAGCCGUCUGUGCCAUGCGUCGGGGUCAGUCAGCGCAGCGCUCUCCCGAUGAACACAGACCAGAAGAGAGUCCAAUUAAGAGUCUCGCCAGAAAUCCCAGUCUUGAGCUCGACUUGAUGUGUGGACCGCACCCCUUCGAUCUCCUACUAGCUGGAGUUCUACGUAGACUGCGAGAAAUUUCCGUGGAAAAUAGCCUAGUGAUUUCCAACACCAUGACUUCCCUGUAUCGCACUCAACCCAGCUUCUACGCUUUUGUUAUGAAAUGCACCUCAGCUUGGAAUCGGUGUCAAAGAGAACAGUUGGAGAACCGGCUUCUGCAGCAACUGAGUGUAACAGAAUCAAAUCGGCCAACGCAAUCCAAUGAUUGGAAAAUACUUUGCGGAACGGGUCUAAGUUUGUAA